AUGGUAGUAUUGGUUCCAUUGGUACCAGGUGUCCGUGGAUACCCCGACUGCUGUGUGGAGAGAAGUGUAGGAGACGAGAUGGACGUCACCUGUCGACGGUGUAGACUAAACACUGUACCACAGGAUUUACCUGUCAACGUCACACAACUAGAUCUGGCGAACAAUGAACUUACCAUCUUACAACCGAAAUCUUUCUCCAGUUUACCCAAUUUAAAAACCCUGAAACUGGAUUCAAACAGGAUGAGAAACAUAUCACUUGGAGCAUUUGACGGUCUCGUAAACCUGAGGUAUCUCAGCCUCAGUGAUAACAGUCUGGAUAGCUUUGGGGAAUACGUGUUUCAACCUCUGGUCAACCUUCGAGUUUUACAACUAAAACAUAAUAGAUUCCAUAUCCAUAAAACCUACCCAGUAACGGCGCUGUCAUAUCUUACCAGCAUGGAGAUUAUGUACAUUGACAUUUUUGAACAAUUCAGUUUUGGAAGUGCAUUUUUGGGUUUAAACAAGUUGACGACUUUGAACUUAAAUGGUAUUGAGAAAUGUCCCAUUCGAAAUACAUCCUUCAGGGGAUUGGAAAAUUUGAAAAUAACACAUCUCACCAUAAAUUCUCGAAUCAAUUUUAUAGAAAAUGACGCAUUUUCUCCGUUCAGAAACCUUACUCUACUGAGCAUAGAUUCCCGUCGGUCGUUAGAUAUCCGUGAAGUUUUCCAAGCUCUAUACGGAGUACGAAACCGAGCAAUGGAUGAAAUAAGAUCCACUAGGAAUUUCCGGAUGUACGGAAGUCCUAUAAAGUUAAAGAUAAUUGAUAUUCUUUUUCUAAAGUCAAUCUGUGUAAAACGCCUUUAUCUCAGAAGGAAUGCAUUAACCGCUAUCCCUCUAGAUGUAAUCACAUCAUGGACAAGCCGAAAUUGUGUAGAAGUUUUAGACGUUUCAGAAAAUAAGUUUACAUCCAUUCCCAUGAUGCUGAUAACGGUUUCAUUAUUUCGCUCUCUAACUCGUUUUACUAUCACAAACAACAUUCCUAGUCGCUCGAAACGAGGGUUACUAAAAAUUGAAAAUUUAAACGUUGAAGAUGAAAGUAUUAUUUAUCUUCCUCAUAACUUAAUAUUCCUAAAUUUCAGCCACAAUAAUAUAUAUAGUCAUGACGAUCAUCUACAUUAUUCAUCCAACAAUUCUUUAAAAUUUCUUGACAUGAGCUAUCAACGUAAAGGGAAGUUCAGAUUUACUGUACACGGUAUGGCACUGACUCACCUCAAAGAGCUGUAUGUAUCGGGUAUGGAUUGCUAUCAUAGCAGGUGUGUUGAGUUCGCCGGCAUGACUAAUCUUGCAAAGGUCGUCGCAAGGCAGUGCAGUUUGGAAAAUGAUUUCCUGACUUCCAACUCGAAGUCAGUAUUCAAUGGACUUCGUAACCUGACAUAUGUGGAUUUGUCAGUAAACCAUCUCAAGGAAUGGGAUUCUUUAACAUUUCAUGAUCAAAGACAAUCCUUGAAAGUUUUACUCAUCUCGGAGAAUGAAAUAAACGUGUUUCCAACACAAGCUUUAGAAACCCUUGAACAACUGGAAUACGUUGAUAUCGGUAAUAACGCCCUAUCAACACUGACAUUAUCAGAUUAUAACAUAUUAGACAAACUAAAACAACAAUCUUCAAAGUUCCUGGUUAAUCUGCACGGUAAUCCCCUCCUAUGUAGCUGUGACGAUUUGGAUUUCCUGCGUUGGGCUGUAAGAACAACAGUACUUUUUGACAAAGAAAAUCUUCGAUGUGUCACACCACACGGUGAUUCAAUCAGGAUUAAAGAUCUAGAAAGAAACUUUGAGAGAUUUGAGAUCGACUGUGCUUCCUUCAGCUGGCUCAUUGUCUCCAUACUACUGCUCGUAGUAAUGGUCGUGUUGGUUACGUUGUCGUUGGUAUCCUGGAGAUACAGCGCCAAGUUACGGGUCUGGUGUAGACAACCAGCUGAUGGCGAGUUUAAACACUAUGCCUUUAUAUCAUAUUCCGACAAGGACAGCAAAUGGGUCCGAGAUCAACUUACAUCACACUUAGAACAAGAAGGACUUUCGUUCAUGUGUGCAGACAAAGACUUUGAACCAGGAAAAGAUAUCGCUACAAACAUUUUGGACGCGAUAGAUAGUUGUUAUAAGUCUGUGUUCGUGGUGAGCUAUCAUUUCCUGAACUGUGAAUGGACUAGGUAUGCUAUGCAGGUAACAAGUGGUUAUUCCUUUCGAAAAGGCCGAGAGGAUAUGAACAUUAUCAUCCUAUUAGAUGAUAUUGAACUCUCUGAGUUGCCCAAACUACUUCGUAAAAACUGGGACAAUGUCGAAUGUUUACGAUGGCCAUGUGAUGAUUCCUCACUGGAAGAAUGUGCUGAUAAAACCAUAUCAAUGGAAAAAGCAAGGGAGAAAGUUUUGAGAAAAUUAUCAAAAUACAUCCGAAAGGGGAAUCCUGAAAUUGUUAAACCAGAGGAGGAAGUUUCAAUGAGUGACACAAGGUUGUAAGGUGGAAAACCAACACCAAUUGUUUAUAGUUUGAUAUCCGAAAUACCAUAACGUGUGAUUUAUAUGCAGAAAUGAUAUUCAUACAUAUACGCAUUAUAAAUAUAGCUACAUGUAUUCGUUUACUCUAUUACAUCCAAUACUCUUAUCUCGAAGUUUUCUUUCAAUGACUUUGACUUCGAGACAACAAUUAAUUUAAGCUUUUCCAGAGCAUAUUUCCCUAUCUCCCAGAAAAUAUUUCCUUGAAACCUACAACACCCAUCAAUCAUGUAUUUCCUUUACUAUUAAUAAACCUCAUCAUUGAAUUAGCUCCAUGUGUUCGAGGAUAAAUUGAUAAUUAUUAAUUUGGUAAAACUUGCUAUAUUGAUGAUAUAUCAUUUUGCCUUGUUACUCGCACAUCUUCCACUCUGUGUGCAAAAAGAUGAUAGGCUUAACUGUCCUGUUAGUUUUGAUAGUCAAACUUAAAGCAUUAUCUAGGAAAUUAUUUCACUGUAUAAUUACAAGUCUUCUAUUUUGUAAAUGAAUAUUUGGAUGCGUCGCUUAAAUAG